UAUCCAAUGGCUUUGAAUAUUUUUUCGUCAGAUAUUCUUCUUUUUCUUCUUUUUUCUCCUCUAAGUUUGAGCUUAGUUAAAGCGAGUGGUUUUGAGGUGAAUAAAGAUGUUUUGGCUGAACAAGAAGCAGACCGAGUGAUUAGACUUCCAGGGCAGCCUCCAGUAACAUUCAAGCAAUAUGCAGGUUAUGUUACAGUGAAUGAAACUCAUGGAAGAGCACUGUUUUAUUGGUUUUUCGAGGCCGCCAGUAAUCCUGAAAAAAAGCCUCUUCUCUUAUGGCUCAAUGGAGGCCCCGGGUGCUCAUCAAUUGGUUAUGGAGAAGCAGAGGAGCUAGGGCCCUUCUUAUCUCAGAAAGGCAAACCGGAGCUAAAGCUCAACCCUUACAGAUGGAACAAAGUGGCCAAUUUGUUGUUUGUGGAAUCACCUGUUGGAGUUGGAUUUUCGUACACUAAUACCAGUAACGACAUCCGACAGCUUGGAGACGCAGUUACAGCUAAGGAUUCAUAUAAAUUUCUUAUCAACUGGUUCAAGAGAUUCCCACAGUUCAAGUCCCAUGAGUUCUACAUAGCUGGAGAAAGCUAUGCAGGGCACUAUGUUCCACAGCUUGCGGAGGUCAUAUACGAUAGUAAUAAGAAAGUUUCCAAGGACAAAUACAUAAAUCUGAAGGGCUUUGCGGUUGGAAAUGCAUUGUUGGACGAUGAAACAGAUCAAACAGGAAUGAUUGAUUAUGCAUGGGAUCAUGCAGUGAUAUCAGAUCGUUUGUAUCAUAAUAUCAAAAGCCACUGCAACUUCAGCAUCGACAGCGAUCAUCAAUCCACCAGUUGCAGCCGCGCCCUCAAUCAGUACUUCGACGUUUACAAGAUUAUCGACAUGUACAGCUUGUACACUCCGACUUGUGUCGAUAGUAACUCCACCUCCGCCGCAAACCGACACCUUCAUAUCAUUCAAGGCAUCGCUCCUAAACUGUUUUCAAAAUACGAUGCUUGGCAUCGAAAACCAGCUGGUUAUGAUCCUUGCUUGUCGGAUUACACUGAGGAAUAUUUGAACAGGCCUGAGGUUCAAAAGGCACUCCAUGCUAAUGUUACAAAAAUUCCAUAUCCUUGGACUCAUUGCAGUGAGAAGAUAUCGUUUUGGUCUGAUGCACCAUCAUCGAUUCUUCCUAUUAUUAAAAAGCUCAUAGCUGGAGGUCUUCGCAUUUGGGUUUACAGUGGAGAUACUGAUGGAAGAAUUCCAGUAACUGCAACUAGAUUAACUUUAAGAAAGCUUGGAUUGAAGACCCUUCAAGAAUGGAAACCCUGGUACACUAGUAAUCGACAGGUUGGUGGGUGGACAAUAGAAUAUGAUGGACUUAUGUUUGUAACAAUUAGAGGAGCUGGUCACCAAGUUCCAACUUUUGCACCAAAGCAAUCUCUUCAGCUGGUUCAACACUUCUUGGCCAAUAAGAAAUUGCCUUCUAAAGCCUUUUAAUUUUUACUUUCUGUUGAUGAUUUAGGACACCUAAAUUUAAAUUAUUGGGAAUAUAUAAAU